UAGAACAUUAAAAACUAUUUUCCUGUUCGUCGUUACAUGCGAACGGUGCACCAAGCAUUCAUUUCUCCCACUAUACGUAAAACGCCCCGCCCGAAUACGACUUGCUCAUUGCUCACUCAGUAGUAAAAGUAUUGCUAACAAACAGAACGACAAACAAGUGGUGUGUGUACUCGCGAUUACGUGUUUAAGUUAUUAAUAUUAAAUCACGUACGAUCUUAAUGAUCGAAGUUUAUAUUUACGAUCGAUAGAAAAAGCCAAGGAACGAAAAAUCUGUGAGAGCACGAAUUACGAAUCUCUAAAAUUUAUAAAAAUGUCCAUUCUAGACGAGCGAGAGGAUUAUCUGAAGAAUCCGUAUUUCGUGAAGCACGAGUACGGUGAUUUUACACCGUUUUAUAUCACUGUCACUGUCUGCUCUGUGAUAUUCGCAUUCCUCCUCAUUUUAAACGUUGGAUUCUGUCUGUGUUCCCGUCACAGACAAUACUGGCUUAGUCCCCAUACAGGCAACAGAUGGAUUCAACCAUUGUGGACGGUACUACCGCACAAAACACCCCCCUUGGAUCUGAGUGAAUUAGAGCCUGGUCGUGUCUUUGAGUCGCAAGAGAAGCAACAGGUCGUACAAUAUCAUAAUCCCAAAUCUUAUAGAGCUUCGCCGCAAUCGCAGGAGUACAUGGAAAUGCAGAAGCGUGAGAGCGAAAUUUAAUAGUAUAUUCAAACGCGUCGCAA